AUAACUUAAAGUAGUAGUUGAAGUUAUUUUUUUUUUGUUUUUUGUAAGCUCGCAUAACUUAAAGUAGUAGUUGAAGUUAUUUUUUUUUGUUUUUUGUAACAUUGGGUAAGGGUUGCGUGUUGCCAUUUCACGCAAAAAUAUUUAAGAAUAGGAUACUAUAAUAUAUUGUUGAGAUUUUUUUUUGUCUUUACUUUAUACUUCAUCUCUUAUUUUAUCAUAUUUUUUUAUCUCUAACCGAGAUAGGGUUUUAUUUUAUUCUUUUUCGGUUUACUUAAUAUGGAGGUUAAUAGACUUUUGGGUGAUGAACUCAGUUAUGAGUUAUCAAUAAGAAGUUUACCAAUUGAUGCAAAUGUACACACGAAAAGGGCUACGUUGAGAGAAGCUCUUAAAGCAGAAAGAGAGGGACAAAGAGAUUCUCCUAAGGUGGUUAAUAUAGACCCAUCUUUUGAGUUUUCGUUGUGCUCAGGGAAACUUAGCGAUCUGGAAGAAGGUAUAGAACAUUUUAAUGAAGAGAACAGAACUAAUGAAUUUAAAAGAAUUAGUUCCCGUCUAACACAUGUUAAACUUAGACUUAACAGACUUCAAUGCAACGAAAAACAGGAAGCUCAAAGGAAUCAACUAUUAGAUUGGCACAAACGGUUACUAUUAGAAGUCAACAGGAUUUAUGAGAGCUUUGGGAAAGAUAAUCAAGUAGAGCACAUCUCACUUUUGGAUACUUCAGUUCCAUUAUUGCCUGAAAUUGUUCAUUCCGGGUCUCAUGAAUGUGGUUUGGUAAACUCAGAAUCAUUAGCUGAAGAGCAUCCUAUUGAAGCUGCGCUGUUUGGAGCUACUAACAGUUCACCAACUGCAGGCAAUAGAGUUUCAUUCUUAAGGCAGGUUUUUGAAGAAAAUCAACAUGAUAGCACGAUACAACCACAAGUACAUUCUCAAAGAUGUUCUAGUUCUCUGAGGGUUUCAAGCAGAAUAUCAGAUGGGAAUCAAGAGUAUAUGUCCAGUGCUAUAAAUAGACCACUUAAUUCAAGUAGAGAAAUGAAUUCUUCUGAAAAUCACACUAGGCAUACGGAACCACAAACUGAUACAAGAUUAUCAAGGCACAAUUUUAAUAAUGGAAGUAGUGCAACAGUACCUACAAGGGAGAUUGAUAAUACUUUAGCUCGACAUUUUAAUCUGGAAACACCUUCAUCUAACUUCAACAGUAAAAUCAUGGAUUCGCUAGAUUUCUUAAAGCAUGAUGUUCAGAACGUUGAUAUAAGUAGAUGGAGAUUACAAUAUGAUGGAAUCUCGAGCGUUACUAGUUUUCUAGAAAGAGUGGAGGAACUCAGAGUUUCAAGAGGAGUAUCUAAAGAGAGACUACUUCGUUCGGCUCCAGAACUUUUUACCAAAGACGCCUUACUCUGGUACAGAAUGGGAAAUUUUACAUCGUGGGAUAAUCUGGUCCAGGAACUUAGGUCUGCUUUCCAGCCCCAUGACUAUGAGAAUUCCUUAUGGGAGGAAAUCCGAAGAAGAACACAGGGCUCACAGGAACGAGUUAUAAACUAUAUUUCAGUCAUGGAAAAUCUAUUCAAGAAACUAUUGAUCCCCCCUAACGAAGAAGAAAGACUGAAUAUCAUUCGUAGGAAUAUGCUUCCUUAUAUUCAGCAGGGCUUGGCUUUAACAAAAAUUAGCAACAUCAGUGAUCUUUGUUCAUUAGCCAAGGCUAUGGAAGCAAUGGAAACAAGGAUUCGACAAUUUUGCCCUCCUCCUUCAAGCACCAGACUUUUGGUAGAACCUGAAUUAGCUUAUAGAAAGCCGUCAACUCCUAUUUUUACGAGUCCGGUUACAACACCUGUGUUUACAGAAGAAGUUGCAAAUAGCGAUAAAUCUGAACAUUUGAAUAAGGGUACAUGCUUUAAUUGUGGAUCUGAGGGACACAAGUUUAAAAAUUGUAACCAGCCUAAGAAGUUCUUCUGUUAUAAAUGUGGAUGCAACAAUGUGACAACGAAAAACUGUCCCAGAUGUUCAAAAAACGCAGCUUCUCUCCCUCGGUAA